AUGGCUGUCACUAUGAUUGUUGGAAGCUUCGCUUCAGGUAAGAAUAUGCUCUUAUAGCACUAUUUGCACUAGUUCUAUCAAAAAUGAUUUUACAUCACAAAACUGAGACUAAACCAUACUACUUUGUACUACGAAUAUUGUGCUUUUAAUCUAUAAUAUAGUCAUUUUCAGGCGCAACAUCAGAAGGCGGAGGAGCGGUAGCCUUUCCUGUUAUGACAUUACUUUUGAAGCUCCCUCCUACUGUAGCAAGGGACUUUUCUUUGAUGAUACAAAGCUGUGGUAUGACAGCGUCUGCUUUCACCAUCAUUUACAUGAAAGUCAAAGUAGAAUGGCACUCCUUAGUGUAUACAAGUCUUGGAUCAUUUAUCUCGAUCAUACUGACAUUAGAGUUCAUCGAUGACUUGAUCGAUGGUAGGUUGAAUACAGUAUUUUGAUGUUAACGUACAUGAUUGUAAAAUUUAAGUUUAAAAUUACAUUUUUUGCGUUUUCGGCUACAAUAUAAUGCUACCUUUCAGAACACCAAAAGAAGAUGAUGUUCGUAGCUGUCUGGUUUGCCUUUGCCAUCUCAUUAUUCAUAUUGAACACCCAAAAGAAGCGGCAAACCUAUGACACUAUCCCCAAAUUCGGUUUCAGCAGUGGUCUAAUACUAUUCUUCACAGGCCUGUUCGGUGGACUCCUAAGUGCGUGGACUGGCUCAGGAGUAGACAUCUGCUCAUUCUCAGUACUUACAUUAUUAUUUCGUGUCAGUGAGAAGGUAGCUACACCGACAUCAGUUGUAUUGAUGUGUAUAAACACUUUGGUCGGGUUUUACUGGCGACAUUUGAUCCAAAAUGGAAUUGCAGACUUAGCUUGGGAAUACUUUGCAGUUUCUGUUCCUGUAGCUGUUACUGCGUCGCCACUAGGAGCGUUGUUGUCUUCACAUCUUCAUAGACAAGUUUUGGCGUUCUUUAUUUACAUUUUGGAGACCUUAUCUAUCAUCACUUGGCUGAUUACUAGGCCUAAACUUGAGUUGAUAUAUGGUGCUGGUUUUAUUGUUAUCUUUGCGUAAGUUUGAACGUAAAAUGGCUUUGGCGGGCAGUGUUAUAUCGUUAAUAUACUAUAUUAAGAUCGCAACGUUCCAAACAUUAUUAUCAUUAUAAAAAAUCAUAGUUGUUUUUUUUCUACCUUAAUUUACUAAUAACUUACCUUUCAGAGUGAUAUUCUUCUGCUUCAUGAGCAAAUCUGGCCAACAUCGAUCCAUGGAAUUGGAAAGCCGAAAAUCCAGCAGUUCAUCAGCUUCAACGUAUGAGGCGUAG